AUGCCCAAAGCCCUGCACUUCAAAGGCGACAAGAAGGUCAAGAAGCGCAGAAAAGCUGCCGACCCCUACGACGCCGACGAGAAGCCGUCGAAGCAGCUCACCACGAGCGCGCCUGCCGAAGCGGAGCAUGACGACUCUUGGGUGAGCGCAGAUGCGCCGAGCGACAUCACAGGUCCCGUAGUCAUUGUGCUGCCCACCGACACACCGAGCACGUGUUUGGCAUGCGACGCCAAUGGAAAGGUCUUUGCGAGCGAGCUGGAGAACAUUGUCGACGGCGAUGUCGCGACGGCCGAACCCCACGAUGUGCGCCAGGUCUUUGUCGCGAAUCGCAUCGCUGGCACCGAGCAGCUUAGUCUGAAGGGCCAUCACGGAAGAUAUCUGAGCUGCGACAAGUUCGGCGUCCUCAGCGCAACUGCAACCGCCAUCUCUCCCGAAGAGACAUUUGUCGUCAUCCCUGUACCCGACAAUCCCUCUGCCUUCUCCCUCCAGACUGCCCGCGACCUGUUCCUCACCAUCGACGAAUCCUCCUCCAAAGGCCCAGAGCCACGCGGCGACGCCGAACACAUAAGCUUCAGCACUACUUUCCGCAUCCGCAUGCAAGCCCGCUUCAAACCGCGAAACAAGGCAAGCAAGGAAGAAAAGGCCAAUGUCAAAAUUAGUCGCAAGGAGCUCGAGGACCAGAUUGGCCGACGUCUGAACGAUGCUGAGGUCAAGAAACUACGAAAAUCCAGAGUCGAAGGCAACUUCCACGAGACGGCCUUGGACAUGAAGGUCAAGUCUAGUCACGACAAGUAUGCCAGCAUGUGA